GCCACUCUGGAGGAGAGAUUCUCAUGAGUUGAAGUUGAAGCACGCAGGCGGAUAAUUGCCAUUUGCGGAAUGGUUUUGGUAAUAUAAUCUGUACCUGAAACAGUCAUAAUAAUAAUUAAUAACUUACAGCAGGGGAGAGAAAGAAAGAAAGCUUCUGGAAGAUACAGACCGAACCGACCCGCCCGAGGUUGAGGUGGUUGAGGUUUGUAUAAGUUACUACAAACUACUCCGGAGGUGUCGCCAGUAUAGUAUCAUUAUCAUUAUUCCCUAUUCCCUAUUCCCUAUUCCCUUUUCAUCUCUCUCUCACUCUCUCUCUCUCUCUAAUAAGAAACUAUUCGAACCUAUUAACCUUCCUUCCCCCCCUCCUCUUACGACAGGUCACAGAAGAGUUCCCGCUCUCCUACGAAUGGAAAAUGCCGACGACAAGAACAGGCAAAUAAUUGUUUUUUUUCCCACCUGGACGCUAAGACCCCCGCCAAGCAUUCCUCCCCAGGGAUGCGGUCCUCAGUGUAACCUUGGCCAAGCAACAGUUGGCCAAUGGCCUAUACGUGGUGGUGGUAGUGGGGGGGAGGGACGGAGGGGGAAGAAUGGGAGAGAGGGGAGAGGGAGAAGGGGAACCAAACACACAGCGGAGACAACCUACUAGGAAGAUGAAACUGGCUCAUGUGUCAUGGUUGGGGAGGAGAGGAACAAAGCACAGGCAAUCCAUGGACCAUGAGGUUCUCCCAUCCGUUGCUAGGUUUGAAAAGGGCAAGGCUUCGAAAUGUUAUCAGGAUUAAGUCUCCACGCUACCGUGGGUCAAAGACUCAAAGGACACUGGACACACUCAUCACUCGCUCGCUCGCCCACAGGUCAACAACUAUUCUAACCAGCAAACUCAAUACGCUGGGAGGAGGAGGAGGAGUUACAGCUUGUAACAGCUAGAGGAGGGGGAGGGGGAGGAGGGGCAGGAGGAGGAGAGGGGUGUCUUUUCUCUUCUUUUUUUUUUUCUGUGUGGGCAAAAAAAUAAAAGAAUAACGACUGGAUUAAUAUCUGGUUAUUCCUGUACAGUGUACAGCCACCUGGAGGCUGGGGGCAUGACGAGAGAGUUUACAUUAAUAUUUUUAGUAUCUGAUUCCUGUUUUGUUUCCCACGGAGGCGAUUUUUUUUUUCUUUUUCACUGGAUUGGAUUAUCGGAUUGGUUAUUUUGCGCAUUUCCUCUGGCCAAGCCGGGCCAAGAUUUCCCUACGCUUUAAUAAGAAGUCCUCUGCUGCCCGCUCCCACAAGUCCCACCGGUGGUAUGAGAUGAUGAUGACUGCCGGGAUUGCUGCGAACACUCCCUAAGCUGCUCCGUAUACCCGUCGUCAUAUAUAAGUUAACCGGCUGGCCCGCCCUGCCCAGCUACUGUUUCCUUUUUUUUUUUUUUCCUCUUCUCUAUCUUCUCCUCCCCGUCUCCCGUCAGUCAUUUUGCUCGGUGAUUCAUCUGCACAAUAGAGAGAAUCGCGGGCUGACUGACUGACUGCGGAAUCCCCCUUCCCCCCGGACUAGCUGAGCUCCUGUUCCCUUGUUCUAUGCUUGCAUACCGUCCAUAGCCCUUAAGUGUAGCUUCAGACAACUCUCCCCUCUGUCCGUGAAUCAAGAAGAAAAAAAAAAAAAAAGAAAGAAAAAGAAAAAGAAAAGAGAAGAAAGAAGGAAGGAAAGAAAGAAAGAAAAGGGAAAAAGAACAAGAAAAGAACGAAAAAAAUUAUAAACGAAACAAGAAUUCCGCUUCUUCUGUCUUGUCGGCCAAGGUCUCCUCCUCUCCAAAUGAGACCAGCCCGCUCUUCCAUCGUCGCUGUUCGUACAUAUAUCCAAUCUACAACCAAAUAUUACUACCAUUUAAAGCAAAUAUCUAUUGCUUAAAAUAAUCUCUUUUCUACCAUCAUCAUGGAGAAAUCAGAGAAACUCCCUCCCAACAGCGACACAACCUCGAGCAACGGCGAGGAGAAGGGCCUCCUCUCUCUCCCGGCCCAUUCGCUCUCCUACGAUACCGUUAUUCGCGAACUAGGAACCGAUCCCGAAGAUGGCCUCUCUAUCGAAGAAGCCAAGCGCCGUCUGGAGACCUAUGGUCCCAAUCAGCUCGAGGGCGGCGAGGGCGUCUCCAUCGUGAAGAUUCUCGUUAGCCAGGUGGCCAACGCAAUGAUGCUAGUCCUUAUCAUGGCUAUGGCCGUCAGUUUUGGUAUUCAAUCUUGGAUCGAAGGUGGCGUCGUUGCCGCCGUUAUCAUCCUCAAUAUCAUCGUUGGCUUCUUCCAGGAGUACGCUGCUGAGAAGACCAUGGAUUCUCUGCGUUCCUUGAGUUCUCCCACGGGUAACGUCUCGCGAGAGGGGAAUACCUCUACCAUUCCUUCACUCGAGAUCGUUCCCGGUGACAUGGUUGAACUCAGGACUGGUGACACAGUCCCUGCGGAUAUCAGACUCGUGGAAGCCGUCAACUUCGAAACCGAUGAGGCUCUGCUUACCGGCGAAUCCCUUCCCGUCCAGAAGGAUGCGGACCAGGUCUUCAAGCAAGAUACCGGCCCGGGCGACCGACUGAAUAUUGCUUACAGCUCUUCAACCGUAACCCGAGGCCGCGCCCGUGGUGUUGUUGUCUCGACCGGCAUGAAGACUGAAAUCGGAUCCAUCGCUGCCGCUCUCCGCGCAACUGACUCGAAAGUUCGUGCUGUGAAGCGGGGGCCCGAGGGCGAAACCAAAAAGCGCUGGUACCUGCAGGCAUGGGCUUUGACCGGCACGGAUGCCGUGGGUAGAUUCCUCGGUGUCAACGUCGGCACACCCCUGCAACGCAAACUCUCAAAGUUGGCUUUGAUUCUUUUCGGCGUUGCCGUGCUGUUCGCUAUCAUUGUCAUGGCUGCGAACGAGUUCAGCAGCAAAAACGAAGUUAUCAUCUACGCUGUCGCAACUGGUCUCAGUAUGAUUCCCGCCUGUUUGGUUGUUGUCUUGACAAUUACUAUGGCCGUUGGCACCAAGCGGAUGGUUGAAAGACAUGUCAUCGUUCGCAAACUUGACUCGCUGGAAGCACUUGGUGCCGUCACCAAUAUUUGCUCGGACAAGACUGGAACGUUGACCCAGGGCAAGAUGGUGGCCAAGAAGGCAUGGAUCCCAUCCCGCGGUACAUAUUCUAUCGGAACUUCAAAUGAGCCGUUCAACCCGCACGUUGGCGCUAUGGGCUUCGAAGCCGCGCCCCCCGUGAAAGCAGCUACCAACGACGAACCGGCUGAAGGCAUCUCCCCGGAAGACCUUCUCAAAGACAACGACGAUCUUGUCAAAUACCUCGACAUUGCGUCCAUGGCUAACCUUGCUCACGUCUACAAGAAUGACCAGGAUAUGUGGCAUGCUCGUGGCGAGCCUACAGAAAUCGCUAUCCAGGUCUUCGCAUCUCGCUUCAACUGGAACAGGGACCGGUGGACCAAGGGUGACAAUGCCCAAUGGCACCAGAAAGCUGAAUUCCCCUUCGAUUCUAGCAUCAAGAAGAUGUCUGUUAUUUUCGAGAACCGGAACGAAGGCCGCCAGAUGGUCUACACGAAAGGUGCCGUUGAACGUGUUCUUGAGGCAUGUACCACCGUCGUGUGGAACCAGGGCGAAGGGCCCAUCCCACUGACCGAGGAGCAUUCUAAUGAGAUCCUUGAGAACAUGGAAGUCAUUGCCGCCCAGGGACUGCGUGUUUUGGCACUCGCCGGUCGGGAAUACAAGGGAUCGCAGCUGGAGGAUGGCGAUUACAACCGUGACGAAGUUGAGAAGGACUUGACCUUCCGCGGCUUGAUCGGCCUCUACGAUCCUCCUCGCCCAGAAACCGCCGGCGCUAUCGAAGAAUGUUUCCGUGCGGGUAUCUCCGUUCAUAUGGUUACUGGCGAUCACCCUGGUACCGCACGGGCCAUUGCUGCCCAGGUUGGCAUCAUCCCAAGCGACCUGAGCAAUGUGGCGAAGGAUGUUGCUGACGCCAUGGUGAUGACGGCUGGCCAAUUCGACAAACUCACCGACGAUGAAGUUGACGCGCUGCCCACUCUCCCACUGGUCAUUGCCCGAUGCGCACCAAAUACCAAGGUCCGCAUGAUCCAGGCACUUCACCGACGCGGCCGCUUCUGCGCCAUGACCGGCGACGGAGUCAACGACUCGCCGUCUCUCAAACAUGCCGAUGUUGGAAUUGCCAUGGGCGAGUCUGGAUCGGACGUUGCCAAGGAUGCCUCCGAUAUCGUUCUGACUGAUGACAACUUCGCCUCGAUCCUCAACGCCAUCGAAGAAGGUCGCCGUAUCUUUGACAACAUCCAGAAAUUCGUCCUCCAUCUGUUGGCCGAGAAUAUUGCGCAGGCCUGUACCUUGUUGAUCGGAUUGGCGUUCAAGGACGCCGAUAACCAGUCCGUGUUCCCGUUGGCACCCGUGGAGAUUCUCUGGAUUAUCAUGAUCACGUCCGGAAUGCCUGACAUGGGUCUCGGUAUGGAAAUUGCCGCUCCCGAUAUCAUGGAUCGUCCACCUCAAAGCAAACAAGGUAUCUUCACCUGGGAAUCAUCAUUGAUAUCCUCGCCUACGGCCUCUGGGAUGUCUGCCCUCUGCCUUGCCUCCUUCACGCUUGUACUGUACGGAUUCGGCGACGGCAACCUCGGACGCGGCUGCAACACCACCUACACCGACCAGUGCGAUACCGUCUUCCGCGCCCGCGCCACCACCUUUGUCUGCCUAACGUGGUUCGCGCUCUUCCUCGCGUGGGAGAUGGUCAACAUGCGCCGCAGCUUCUUCCGCAUGCAGCCCAAGUCCAAGAAAUACUUCACGCAGUGGAUGCACGACGUGUGGCGCAACCAGUUCCUCUUCUGGGCCAUCAUGGCCGGCUUCAUCACCAUCUUCCCCCUGCUGUACAUCCCCGUCAUCAACACCGUCGUGUUCAAGCACAAGGGCAUCUCGUGGGAGUGGGGCAUUGUCUUUAUCGAGGCGACGCUGUUCUUUGCCGGUGUCGAGGCGUGGAAGUGGGGCAAGCGCGUCUACUUCCGCCGCCAGGACCGCAAGGCCAAGGCCAAGGCGUCGUCUGGCGAUGCGCGGAUCAUCGAUAGUGAGCAGUAGAAAAACAACGCGCGUGCGCGCCGCCCCCGAGGAGGGUGGGGAGAGGGGGGGAAAAUUGGUUUUUUUUUUUUUUUUUUUUUCCUUUCUGUUUUGGGGGGUUGAUUGUUUUGCCAUGUACUCCGUAUGUGUUUGCGACUGUUGCGAGGAUUAUUUUUUGUUCUCUUUUUCGCGCAGCACAAGCGGGUGCGUGGCAGGGUCUCUCAGCCUUGCUUGGUUGGUCCCCCCAUCCAUCAAUCAUCCCAUCUCUCUCAUCCUCGAGGCUCAACAUUCGGUGGUUGCUCGUUCACUCGAUUUUCCCUCCCAUCACACCCCGCGCCUGAAAAUAAGGGGCCCAGUUCUCUGAAUGGCUGGGCGGGUGGAAAGGGAAAAAAAAAAAAAGAAAAAAAAAGAAAAAAGAAAACAAAGCAAAUUCCAAUUCCUUUUCAGUGGAAGAAAAAGGAACCUCACCUCUUACAUUCACAAAAUGCGCACUCGCCGCCUCCACCAAAACAAAACAAAAGCACUCGAGUCAGUGUUGCGAACGCGCAACUUUUUUCGGGACGGGGGAUGAGAUUUGGUGAGCUUGAUAUAUAUUUUUCAUUUUCUUAUUUUCAUUUUUUUUUUUCCUUCCAUCUUAAGAUAGGUAAGUAGUAGGGUGCGAAACAAAAGAAAAUGAUGAGCGAGAACGAAAGAAAAAAGAAAAAGAAAACGAAAGAAAGAAGAUGAACAGGGAGGGGGAUGUUGAAGAAAAGUUGACAAAGAAAAAGUUGGGAUGCAUCAUGGGAAUUCUCGGUGCAUAACAAAAUUCCCUUCUUUUUUUUUGGACUUGCAAAUGCGAUUUUUAUUUUUUAAAUUGGAGUCGCAUAGACAAACAAAAAAGCAUUCCCUUGCUUUUUCUCUCUUUCUUGAAUUUUUUUUUUUUUCCCUUUAUUUUUUUUUCAAAAGAAGUACGGAGUAGUUUACAUACACAUGGCUAGAUAAAAAAAACGGCAAUUACCCACAGUUUGUGCUUAUUUUUUUUUAUUUUAUUUAUUUGCUUUAUCUAUUUUUUUUCUUUAGUAUUAUUAUUGUCUAUUAUCCAUCUCAUUUUACUUUCAGGAUUUUUAUUAUUAUUAUUAUUCUUGUUUUUGGUUAUGUUCUUGGAAAACUGUGAUUGAUUAUUAUUGAUUUCUUCUACGCGUCUUUUUUCUCUUUCUGGGGGCGGCUUCAAAAGGGCCGUGGAGUGGAUGGAGUCAACAACCUCUUCGCCCAGCCAGCUUGUUUUCUAGCUGCGUUCUUCAGUUAGUUUUUUUUAUGUAUGCAACUUGACGAGCAAAAUAGGGUAGUUAAUAAAUGGAGUGCGUAUGCAUCAUGAGCGGUUAAGAUCCUACCUCCUGGCUCAAAAUCGUCUGUCUCUUCAAGAACUUGCUGCAAACUGCAAAAUCUCAUUCCAUCGUGGAUGGAAUGUUAAGAGCAUCUCCUUAAUUCUCAACCUCGUGCGGCGCCGGAGAGAAGGGGGAGGAGCUAUGUGAUCUGAAUUGGCAAUUUUUUCCAACACCCUCCCUCCUCCUCUGGUUGCGAGCUGCCAAACGUCCGAGACCCAGACCCAGACCCCCGAAGUAUGUUUGACAUUUUGAUAGCCUAUUUUCUGAGUUUGUGCACACUGUUUUGAGCCGUCAGCGGGAACAGUUAGAUCUCUCGAGCAGGCUUUUGGUGCAUAAAUGACACUCACUCCUCUUGCAGAUGAACCUGAUAUCAGGCGUUUAAUUCAGUCAGGUAUUGCAUGGAACUCGUGGGUUUAAUUAAGGCCUCCAGACGGUUCGUCACAAGUAGGCAAAUGCUGCUCAGCCUGGAUACUCAGCUUCAACAGUUUGGCUCUCAUCUUUACCAAACUCCCACCGUAGCAUUGUGGGCGGCAAACGGUCAGGGGAUUAAUUGCCAAAGGGAGAGGUAGCGACGGUAGGAAGCGCUGUAAAUCCGUAUUAACGAAAGGUUCCAGAAGGGGCCUUUGUGGCGCAGCAGCAGGCAGCAAGAUCCUCCUGGUAAAACAGUCAGCAAGCAGUGGAUCAGAAAGAGAAGAAGAGGAAGAGGAAGAGGAAGAGGAUGAGGAUGAGGAUGAGGAUGAGAUUGAAGCAGCCAGAUGGAUAGAUAUGAUAUGUUAGAUAUCAGACUUUCUUAUAUAUUCAUUAUUCCUUCAAUCCUCAAAUCCUUACCCCUGAAUCCUUGGCGCCAUCAUAAAUAUUUAGCUAAUAAUUUAUUAUUGAGCUUCAGAAUUAAAAAAAUAAGAAGUACUCGCAGAAGAAAGAAAGAAUAAAAUAUAUCCCAG